AUGACAAUUGAUCCAAUUUAUAUUUCAACAAAAGAAGACAGUAAAUUAAUAUUCCAAUACGAUAAUUUUAUAUUUGAUUGUGAUGGUGUAAUAUGGUUAGAUGAGACAUUAAUACCUAAAGUUUUAGAAUUUCUUAACUAUUUGCUAUCAAACAAUAAAAAUUUUAUAUUUGUCACUAAUAAUUCAUCAAAAUCAAGAAAAGAAUAUGUGAAGAAAUUUCAAAGAUUAGGUAUAAAUUUUGUUACAAAUGAAAUGAUUUUUCCAACUUGUUAUUCUGCAGUUUUGGAAGUUCAAAGAUUACAAAUUCCAAAAAAUUCUAAAAUUUGGGUAUUCGGAGAAAAAGGGAUAGAGGAAGAAUUGAAACUUGCUGGUUAUAUACCUGUUGGUGGAACAGAUCCAAAAUUAGAUGCUGAAUGGAAUAUAGAUCUACCUUUAAUGAACGUAGAUCUGGAAGUAAAAGCAGUUAUUGUCGGAUCAACUAAAAAGAUAAAUUACUAUAGAAUUGCAUCAACUUUACAAUAUUUAUUAUACAAUAACGAAUCAUUACCUUUUAUAGGUACAAAUAUAGAUAAAACUUAUCCAGCUGGAAAGUUUAUCUUACCAGCAGGUGGUAGUUGUGUAAAUUAUAUGAGUUUUACAAGUGGGAGAGAGUUUAUUGAUGUUGGAAAACCGUCUAAGGAUUUUCUUCAAAUAAUACUAGAUAAAACUGGAUUUAAUAAAGAAAGGACAUUGAUGGUUGGUGAUACAUUAUAUACUGAUAUUAAAUUCGGAAACGAUGGGAAAUUAGGAGUCGAUAACAAGAGUAGUUUAUUAGUAUUAACUGGUGGAACAACAUUAAAAGACUUAGAUGACGCUGUUAGACACUCAAAGGAUAAUAGUAUAAUACCAUCAUAUUGUAUAGAAUCGUUAACGAAAUUAAUAGAAUUAUUAGAAUAA